AGACUUAUUUCAUCAUGUCUCCAUUCCUAUUCAGUUACAUCUCCUGUCAGCCAUUUGCCACAGAGUCCGACUGCCAGUCUGCCUGUGGUGAAUCGAAGCCCGUCUCCCAUACCCACCAUGGAUGCCAGUAAUCUUGUUGAUCCGCUGUCGCCUUUCUCAUCUUCUAUCAUCAUGUCACCGACAAGCAUUGUCUCACCAGGUGAACCAGAGUCUCCUGGAUCACUUGAUUCAUUUCCAUUGGACAACAGGCGAGCAGCUCAUCUGUCUGCUGAGCAGAAGCGAAGGUGCAACCUAAAGACUGGAUUCGACUUGUUGCAACAGCUUGUCCCAUCCUUAACACAGAACCCUAAAGUCAGCAAGGCAACGAUGCUUCAGAAAACUGCAGAAUAUUGUAAAAAGCUAAAAGCAGAAAGAUCGCAGAUGCAGAAAGAAGCAGCCAUUUUGAAAAAAGAAAUCGACACGCUGAACUCAGCUAUCAGUGUGCCUGUUACCAGGCAACGUAAGGAUCAGAUGAAGGAAAUGUUUGAUGAAUACAUCAGAGCCAGGACCAACGAGAACAGCAAGUUCUGGAUUUUUUCUGUGAUAAUGGGCUCGCUGUUUGACUCGUACUCUACGAUGGUUUCAACAGCCAGCAUGGAGGAGCUGUGUCGCACAUCUCUCACCUGGGUGGACCAGUCCUGUUCUCUAGUCACCCUCAGACCUAAUGCCCUGAAUGCCUUAAGAAAGCUGAGCACCAGCACCCCCAUUCUGACCGAGCCACAAAGGAUGACAGAACAUGCACUACAAGCUAUAGCCAAGCAGUCAAAGCAGUCAAAAAGCAACAUCGUGAUGUCCAAAUAG